AUGGAUAUUAUCAAACUGUGUGCUGUUUUGUCAAUUGCCUCGCUUACACUUUCACAAACAGCUCCACCAUGCAACCAAAAUUUCACUGGGAACGACGUAUUCGAUUCCAUCACCAGUCCUGGCUAUCCACAGUUCUACCCAAUAAGAUCGACCUGCCUUUACUCCAUCAUAUUUGAAAAUCCAGGAGUGAAGUAUGACAUUAAUAUGUAUAUUGCAAACUUCCGGACAUACGUCUAUCGAAGCUCCAGAGAUUCAUUGAUCAUAAACAAUCGGGAGUACUACGGUGACGGAGCAGUUUCAAGGACUGCGUUACAAAUUGGACAAACCUAUUUAUUUCGUGGUGUGGAUCAAUUCCAACUGCUUUUUUAUGCAACUUCCGGUUCUUCGCAACAGGGGUUUUCCAUCGACUUCGUAACUUUGGAGUCGGCGGCAGGUUCACCGGACACAGUAGAGGGUUGUGAAGGCGUAACCUGUGAGAACGGUGGAACGUGUCACUCCCAUGGACCCGGGGACUGGUUUUGCUAUUGUCGAACUGGGUACCUGGGAGAUUUAUGUCAAUUCAUUCCAAAUACACACGACUGCCCUAAAACAUUUAAUGAGGAUGGAAAUCAGAUCACUGGUGAAAUCCGGAGCACCUACUACCCAUCAAAUUACCCUAACAACCAUUUCUGUGAUUUUGUAAUAUUUAACACGACCGUUGGGGAAACGUUUUCUUUCUAUGUGGAGGACUUCAUAACAGAGUCUGGAUAUGAUGUCCUUUGUGUUGGUGAUCUUGUCAACUGCUACAGUGGAGAUGGUCGAAGUAGUCGAAAUGCACUCCGUGUUGGACAAACAUAUACGUAUCCGGUGACUGAUACAACUUUCCGGUUGUCAUUUAGGACUGACAGGUCUAGGACAUACCGAGGAUUUAGACUAUCAUACGCACUUAUAAACACGAACCAGUCUAUUGAUAUUACAACCCCAGGACGCACAAACAAAGGUACAGAGUUCACAUUUGCAUUCUUGCCUCAUCAGCAGAAUUCUCUCUCGGGUGAUACCCAAUUCUAUAUCACUUGCGAGACUCCUACUGCUGUGACUGUCUUCUUUUCCUUAACUGGUCAGACAACGAACUACACCGUUGAUCCAUUCACGCCGCUCUUGAUCGACGUCCCAUCAAACAUCCGCACCACGGAAGGCUUAGAACAAAAGGGGAUACGGGUGACCUCUGAUGCUAAUGUAACAGUUGCUGCAUAUUCAUCAACUGUUGGGUCGGCUGAUGGGUUUUUAGUUCUUCCAGAGGUGCAUCUAGGCACCCAGCAUGUUGUGGCAGCCUACACCCCGUCCGCCGGCUCGUAUUCAUACAUCAUAAUAGUGGGCCUUGAUAACUUUACCACUGCUUGGAUAGUUCCACGUAACGAUUCUAUAAACGAAGGAGACGGGGGUUACGAUUAUGACAAUGCUUUGCGAAUCGAUCUUUACGACACCCAGACAUAUACAUAUCGUUCCACGAGGGACCUUACAGGGGUGAAGGUAGUUUCAGAUAGACCAGUGGCUGUCAUUUCUGGAUGCGAUUACGCCCAAGUUCCCGAGGGGACGGAGGCGGGAGACCAACUUGUAGAGAUGAUCCCCUCUGUUAUAAGUCUUGGUUAUGAUUUUAUUGUGGCGCCAAUAUCUGAAAGAAUCGGCGGUGAGAUUGUUCGGGUUAUAUCUUGGACCGAUGAUACACUUGUCAGGCUACCCGAAUCUGGAUUUUCCAACACGAUUGACGAAGGACAAUUUACGGAGAUACUGGCAACAUCAGGUAGUGCCUCUUUCAUACAAUGUAACAAGAAAUGUCUGGUUGUUCAAUACAACAAGGGAUACCAAAGAGAUGGAAUAGGAUCUGACCCUUUCAUGGCCAUCAUACCUCCAAUACAGCAAUAUACUCAGAACAACAUCUUCAAGAUCCCGACCGGCUUCAGAAGUUAUGUAAAUGUCGUGAUACAAACCGCUCACAAAGAUGGACUUCAGUUGACUGGUACAAACGUCAGUUCAAUCGCUAGCUUCAUAGAGAUACCCAACAGCGAUUAUUCUUACGUCCAAAUACCCUUAAAUGAUGAUCCUGAGUUUUUGCUUACCCAUUCAGGAGGAGACCAAUACGAAUGGUACGCAUUAUUAUAUGGACACAGCAGUAUUAGUAACACAUACAGGGGAUAUGGCUAUCCACUCGGAAUGCAACUAGAUCCUCUUGAACCGCCUGCAACUGAAGAACCAAAGGAAACGGAGCCUCCAGUAACUGCACCUCCAGGCAACAUCACAGAGAGAUGUCGGUGUAACAUGCGUAUAUUGGGUAACAUGACAGCCGGAGAGGCUGAGUUCGCAACAUUGGUGCAUGAUCUUCCUGAUAUAAACUACUUCCACCCCCAAGUUAAUUGUGAUGCCUGCUUGUCUACCCUACAGAGAUGUCCGAUCGAUUGCCGGGCCGCCGUACUCGAACAGUGGGGCGAUUCUGGUCUUUCAUCAGAUAUUAUCGUUGACACUCCAAACGGUCCGCGUACCAAAGCAUUUGGUCAGCUCAUGUGUGAACGUCAUUACGUGACCAUCCCACCACCUGGUAGAAAAAUAGGAGUAUUCUAUAGGGCGGGUAAUUGUAUGCCUACGCCUGAUGACGCCGCUUUACUUAUAGGAGCAAUUACUGGAUCCGGAGGUCCAUACUUGUGUUGCUCUGAGGCUGAGGUACCGAUUGUUGGCACGAUCCCAGUAUGGGAUCCUGAUUGUAACGGUGAACCUCUGUACCUGCAGCAAGAAAAUAUGUUAAGCAGUGUUGCAGACAUUUAUAAGCUCAAGGGAAUACCACAAAAUGAAAUUGACAAUUACAUUAAAGAGAUCAGACAAAAUUAA